AUGAUUCAAGCGGAAGUGAGGAUAUUCACAAAAACGUGCGAAAGCAGCUGGAAACUUCUAGCAGAACGCCGCUCGUUAAAAGCUAACCGCUUCUGUCAGUGAUAAAGAGUGUCAAUAGUUUUAAGCUGCAGUUCCUGGCAGGAUGUCAGUUAUUGAGGAGGAACGAAUCCGCGGCGGGGUUUUUAAGGACAUCAAUGCAGAAGAUGAAGAUCAGCAACCCACAGUGAUCGAGAGUUUGUGCAUGAACUGUUAUGAAAAUGGAAGUACACGUCUGCUGCUUACUAAGAUCCCUUUCUUCAAAGAAAUCAUUAUCAGCUCCUUCACAUGUCCUCACUGUAACUGGACCAAUACAGAAAUCCAGUCUGCUGGUCGGAUCCAAGAGCAGGGUGUGCAGUACACCUUACAAGUGAAGGCCAAAGAGGACAUGAACCGAGAGGUUGUGAAGUCUGACGCCGCAUCCACCAGAAUCCCACAGCUUGAUUUUGAGAUUCCUGCUUUCACGCAGAAGGGCUCUUUGUCAACGAUUGAGGGCCUUCUGGACCGAGCAGUGGCGGGUUUAGAACAAGACCAGCCUAUUAGAAAGGCAACGGAUCCAGCCGUAGCUGAAAAAAUAGAGGAGUUCAUCGAGAGGUUGAAAAAGCUUAAAGAAGUCGAAGAGGAAUUCACAUUAAUUAUCGACGAUCCAUCAGGAAACAGUUUUAUCGAGAACCCAUUUGCACCUCAGAAAGACGCGGCGCUCACUGUCGCUCAUUACAAAAGGACGCCUGAACACAACUCUGCGCUAGGAAUAGAGACGGAGGAAGAAGAAGAAGACAGCGAAAAGCCCGGCAAUGAUCUAGACUCGAUGAGAAAUGAGGUAUUAGUGUUCAACACAAACUGCCCAGAAUGCAACUCCCCGGCCAAUACAAACAUGAAGCUUGUUCAAAUCCCACACUUUAAAGAGGUCAUUAUAAUGGCCACUAAUUGUGACAGCUGUGGACAUCGCACCAAUGAGGUUAAAUCGGGAGGAGCCACGGAAGAGCUGGGGACCAGAAUAACGCUCCACUUAACCGACCCUUCAGAUAUGUCCAGAGACCUGCUGAAGUCGGAGACGUGCAGCGUGUUGAUCCCAGAGCUGGAGUUUGAGUUGGGGAUGGCGGCUCUCGGAGGGAAGUUCACUACGCUGGAAGGACUUCUCAAGGACAUCAAAGACCUGAUUGUUUCGAAAAAUCCUUUCAUGUGUGGAGACAGCUCUACAGCAGAUAGAGCUGAGAAACUGGAGCUCUUUGGGCAAAAGAUUGACAAGAUAAUAGCAGGGGAAAUGGAUGUUCACAUUGUCCUGGAUGAUCCUGCUGGAAAUAGUUAUCUUCAGAAUGUUUAUGCACCAGAUUUAGACCCAGAAAUGAAGACGGAGAAGUACACCAGGACCUUUGAGCAGAAUGAAGACUUGGGACUGAAUGACAUGAAAACUGAAGGGUACGCAGAGAAAUAGGCUUAAAGUCGUAGAAAAAUGGAGAUUAUAUGUUAUACACGCCAAAUUCUGUCAAAGCCGUUAUAUAUAUAUACGUUAUUUAAUUCACUUUUACAUGUAUUGUAAAAAUCCCAUGUAAUUACAACUUCUAAAAACCACAAUGUCUUUUCAAGGCAGCGUUAUGAUUUGAGUAGAGGAAAACAUUAUUUUGGCUUAAGUGCAAGGCGCUGAAUUUUCCUUGCUGUCUAUAAAGUAAUGUUUAAGUUAUAAGUUUUGGUCAUCUUGGCCAUGAAGCCCUUGUGUUAAAUACUGGAGUAACAACACAAUUGUUACAACGUUUUUGAAGUACUUAAAACUACAGACGCUUAAUAAAGUAGUCUUAAGCACACUGGAUGUGAUUUAUGUGGCCGCUUCAUUUCUUUUCCAUGUAAUUGGACUGACUCCUAAGUGCUGAAAUGUAAUAAGAGUUAUGUUUGUACAAUAAAACAGUAUAUGAUAAGUAUA